AUGACUGCAUUCACCCGCACCACCACCCUCCUCCCCCUCCACUCACCACUCCUCCCUUCUCUCCGCAUCCUCUCCAUCCCCCUCCCUUCCUCCACCCCUAUACCACAACCCCCCUCCACUCCCUCCAUCAUUCACCCCAACCACUCUUCUCUCUCAUCCUUCACCACACCUCGCCUCCCUCCCUCCCCCGCCAACCCCACCCCCUCCAUAUCACCCAUUCCCAACCCCUAUUCUCGAGCCACGAGAAUGUGCUCGUCCUGUGCUCGUUCUGUUGCUUCAGAUGCUCCUCCUGUUGCCUCAGGUGUUCCUCCCUCUGGCUCAGAUGGACCUCUUCCUCCUUCAGGAGAAACUCCUUCCUCCUCAGGUGCUUCUUCUCUGUUGCCUUCAGGUGAUUCCUCAGCUUGCAUCGCCGCCCCUUCCUCCCCACAAAAUGAUGCACCUUCGUGCUCAGCUCCCUCACUCCCAAUGCCUCCUCCCCCUCAACGACUCCUCCAACAGGCCUUCGCUUCUCCUCACCGCUUCCCUUCGCAGCAACCCUCUUCUACGGGCCUCACUCGUUGCUGCACGCUCUGCACGCUCGUUGCUCCUCCACCGCUCUCGAAUGCUUUGAACCGACUCAAACCCAGCCCCAUUUUCCCUCACUUCCUUCCCCUUCCCCACUUCACCUCGACCAUCCACGUCACACCCAUCCUCCUCCUCUUCCUUCACCUCACACUUAUGCCCUCCCCCACCAUCCCCAGAAGCUCCCCCCUCCCCCUUCCAUCCUCCACGCGCACUCCUCCCGCUCCCCCCCCCAGGCUGCCACCUCUCCUCUCCACUCUCGGCCCCAGCCCCCCCCUCCGCUCUUCCUCCUCCAGCCGCGCUUCCCUCCCCUUGAGACGGCAGCAUCACUGCCUCCCCCAUGCGGACCUCCCCCCUGGGAGGAAGGAAUUGGAAUUGGGGUGCCCCUUCCUCUCCCCACCGCCCUCCACAAUCAUUUCCCUCCCCCUUAGAAGGGAGCCGAUGAGGGUAGGGGAUCCUCCCUCUUCGUCCCUCUCCUCCCCUCCCCUUCCUCCUUCAUCUCUUUCCUCCCCUCCCCUUCCUCCUUCUCUCUUUCCUCCCCUCCCCUUCCUCCUUCAUCUCUUUCCUCCCCUCCCCUUCCUCCUUCAUCUCUUUCCUCCCUCCCCUUCCUCCUUCAUCCCUCUCCUCCCCUCCCCUUCCUCCUUCAUCUCUCUCCUUCCCUCCCAUUCCCUCUUCGUCCCUCUCCUCCCCGCUCCUUCCCUCUUUGCCCCUCACCGCACUCGUUCUCUCCUCACCUUCACGCCCCCCUUCCUGCCUAAAGCCUCCUCGUUCCUCUCCUCCUCCUCUUUCCCUGUUCGCCCCUCUCAUCCCCCCUCGUUCCCUCUUCCCUCUCUUCCUCCCUCCUCGCCUCUUCCUCCCUCCUCGCCUCCUCCUUCCUCUCCUCCCCCCUCCUCCCCUCUUCUUCCCUCUCCUCCCCCCCUCCUCCCCUCUUCUUCCCUCUCCUCCCCCUUCCUUCCCUCUCCUUCCCUCUCCUCCCCCCUCGCCUCUUUGCCCUUCUCCUCCUCCUCCCUCCUUCCCUCUCCCUUACUGAAAAAAUCACCCUCCUUCUCGCCUCCAUGCAUCCCCACCUCUCCCCCAUCCGCCCUUUUCCCCUUCUUCCCCUCAUGCACACUCUUUACCCAACCCCCGCUCCCCACCACCCCACCAGACACACCAAUCACCCUCCCUCCACUCCCCCUUCCGUGCCAUGCUGCGUACCUACAAGCCGUGCCAUGCCCCCAUUCCCCCCCUCCUGACAACGCUGCUUCUUGCACGCUGCAGCUUCUCCCCUCUUCCCCCCUCUCCGCAAUGCUGCUUCCUUGCAUGAUGCAACAUGUGGUCUCGACGCUUGAAGGUCCGAGAGAGCAGUGGGGAUGA